AUGGCAGCGGGAGCAAUAAGAAUGGACGUCUUGUAUACACGCCAGCAACAACAUAAACGCGCCACAAUAUACACGCUCGUUAAGGAUAUGAAAUGGAUACUGGCAGUGCUAAAAGUUUUGGGUGUAGUACCGAUUUUCAAAGUUGUGCACGAAUAUAAAAUUGCACUGCCGCAAAGGCACAGCUUCGCGUCACUCUACACCACUCUCCUGCGCAUUUUCUACUUUAUCGGCAUAUUACUGUACAUGUACAUAGUCUUCUCGCCCUUCGCCAACGAUAUAAUUUUUAUUUAUAGUAAAAUGGAUAACAUGACCAUAGCGCUGCAACUUUUCUUGGGCACACUGAGCUGCGCCAUUAUUUUGUGGCAAAGUGUGCAAAAGUCAAAGAAUUUUAUAUUAAUCAUCAACCAGCUGCUCGGCGUGGACAAAGAGCUGCAACAUUAUGUGAUAUUCGUGGCGACUCUGCUGCAUUUGCUGGCGGUGCGCUUUCGUUAUUUAAACGAGUUCAUCAAAUUAUAUAUGACGCGGCGCGGCGCUUACAACAAUGCGAAUAACUUUGUGUUGGCGCUGAAGACUUUCUCAGCCGAAAUGCUGCUCUUCUAUGGCGAGCAUAAUAAUUUGCUGGCGAUUUUCCGAAAGCUCAACAAUUUCGUGCACACCACGCUGCUGUUUUUCAUAGCUUACUUCUCCUACUCCAUCACUUUGUCGAUGUAUCAGUUCUACCUUAUGAUGCAAAUGGAUGAUAUGAAUGCAAAAGCAACGUCGCGCGCAGUGGCGCGCAUCUACGGUAGAGAUGCGGCGCAACAGAAGCUGAUCGAUAGAUUUCUAAGCAAGAGCAUUAAGCAGGAUAUCCAGUUUACUGCUUAUGGUUUCUUUAACAUCGACAAAUCAACGCUUUUCAACAUGGGCUCAGCCAUAACUGCUUAUCUGGUUAUUAUAAUACAAUUCAAACAGUUGGAGGAAGCGAGAGCUGAGGCCUCGGCUGACGCAGUUUAUAAUAAACUUACUUAA